AAAACAACCAAUGGGCGAACAGGAGCACUUCCUGUUUCGCUGUGUGGAGAAGAGGAGGAAUCAUAGACUGUGUGUGAACAGCAGGAGGAAGGAGGAGGACUGGCUAUGUGACAACCAGAGGAGCUCCAUUCAUCCGCUCCCGCUGAGUGAACCGCGGCCGCCUCCGCCGCCCGGUCUGUGAGAGGAGCUGCGACAGGUCGUCAGGUGCAGCCAUGCCCAUCUCUCUUCUGUGGGCAGUGGAUGUGUACGGGCGGGUCUACAGCCUGUCCACGUCAGGCCAGCAGUGGGAGCAUUGCCACGAUGCCCAGUUGGAGUUCAAGCGGGUGACAGCAGCUCAACAGUGCUGCUGGGGCAUCGCCUGCGACAACAACAUUUACCUGAACGUCCACGCUUCUGACCUGCCUGUCCGCUACCAGGAGCAGACAUACGAGAAUCAACGAUGGAAUCCUGUCGAUGGCUUCUCGGAACGUUUGCUGCCAAGCGAUCGCUGGCAGUGGAGCGAUGUCACGGGUCUGCAACACCAACCCCUGGACAGUUUCAGACUUACCUCUAGCAGCUGGGAGUGGGAGGGCGACUGGUACGUGGAUGAAAACUUUGAGGGAGAGCCCAUGGACAAAGGGGGUUGGACCUACGCCAUCGACUUCCCCGCUGCCUACACCAAAGACAAGAAGUGGAACUCCUGUGUCCGUCGCAGGCGAUGGCUCCGCUACAGACGAUACAAAGCCAUGGACACAUGGGCUAAGAUCCCCUCGCAGCAGACAAAUCUACCAGAUCCCUUCAGCGACAUCAGCUGCGGAGGCUGGGAGAUCAAUGAGGAGCCCAGGGGCCGCCUGUCACUGUGGGCCGUGUCCCUUCAGGGCAAGGUGUGGUUCAGAGAGGGAAUCUAUCAUCAAAAUCCUGAGGGCUCUUUGUGGGAGGAGGUGCCUCUCCCUGGGGAGGUAGUCCAGAUCAGCUGUGGCCCAGGGGACCUGGUGUGGGCGGUGCUGUGGGAGGGGCAGCUCAUUGUCAGGGAAGGCAUUGGCCGAGAUUGUCCCAAAGGUUCCUCCUGGGUGGUGGUGGACUCUCCCAGUCCUGAUGUAGGAGCCACACAUGUAGCUGUGGGAGUCAAUGUCGUUUGGGUUUUGACCAAAGACAACAAAGUGUGGUUCAGACGUGGCGUGAACUCUCACAACCCAUGUGGCUCAGGCUGGAUCAGCAUGGUUGGAGAAAUGAUCAUGAUCAACGUAGGACUCAAUGACCAGGUGUGGGGUAUCAGUUGUGAGGACCGGGCAGUGCAUUUCAGACAGGGUGUGACCUCCAGUGAACUGAGUGGGAAAACCUGGAAGGUUAUCAGUGUUCCCCGAGAUGGAGAUCGAUCCCACUCCAGUGCCAGUGCGAACAGCUUGCAGAGUGCUGGAUGUUACUUCUGUGGUGAGGUGCGUGCUCAGUCUGUAGCGAGUGAUGUGGAAUCAGACACAGAGAAAGGAUCUACAGAUGGAGCCACUGGAUUUGUCACAUCUGACCCCCCCGAGUCAAUUGAUGCCUCUUCAGACCACACCUCUGACCAGCCCUCUGACACCCCCAAACCCUGCAUCCCCAAAGUCACCAGUGACAGCUUCAUCUCUGAACUCGUCUCUGAUCGAGAGCCCGCAAGGACCUUAAGAGAUGUUGCAUCUGCCGCUCCUGCAGUUCUGGAAGAGGAGAACAUCUCUGGAGAAGGAGAGCUCAAAGCUCUCUGUGCUGGAGCAGCUGUUAUCCCGAGUCAGUCUAGAGGUCCUCUCGACCCCCAGUGGAGUAACGUGGACCUGGAGGAGACGCAGGUCCAGCAGGCCCAGACUGGAGCAGUGCUGGAAUCCUCGGACACUUGCAGCUUGUCCUCUGUGGCUACAUACACCCUUGCCAUUGAGGACCCCUAUGGGGUAGAUGAGCACCCCCUGUGGGCGUGGAUCAGUGGAGGAGGCUGCUCUGUGGACAGUCACUCCCAACUCAACUGGUUUAACUGCCCUAUGAAUUCUUCAGCUUUGGUUCAGUCAAUCCAGUCCAUGAGUCUGUCUGUAACUCCAGCUCAGACGGCUACCUGGAAGAGACAAAUCUUUGAGCAACUAAGUGAGAGGACCAAGAGAGAGAUGGACAAUUUCAGACAUUAUGAACAAGCCAUAGAACAGUCUGUGUGGGUGAAGAAGGGAACCAUGCAGUGGUGGAGAGACUGGAAGCCACACAAGUGGAUAGAUAUCCAUUUUGCCUUAGAGCAGUUCUCAGGACCAGAGGGAAACAAGGACGGAAUCAUCUUCAUCUAUUACAACUUCUAUGAGGAGAAGAAGUACCUGCAUGCCUUCAUUAACGAGAUCACCAUCCUGGUUCCUGUGCUAAAUGACUCCAAACACACUUUUGCCAUCUACACUCCUGAGCGGACCAAACAGAGGUGGCCGAUCAGAUUGGCAGCAUCCACAGAGCUGGAAAUGCGCGACUGGCUGGCAUUGCUGAGUGUGUCAUCCUGCGACUCCAGGAGAAUCCAGGGUCCUCCCUCCAAACACGCCAUCUGGUCCAUCACCUGUAAAGGAGACAUCUUUGUCAGUGAGCCCUCUCCUGCUCUGGAGGCCAUCCCUUACCCCACACCCUGCGACCAGAUGUUCUGGCGGCAGGUCGGAGGUCACCUGCGCAUGGUGGAGUGUAACACUAUUGGGAUAGUGUGGGGGAUUGGCUAUGACCACACUGCUUGGGUUCACAGCGGUGGCUACGGAGGGGGCUUCUUCCAGGGACUGGCCAGCAGCACAGAUAACAUUUACACACAGACUGAUGUCAAGAGUGUCUACAUCUACGAGAACCAGAGGUGGAACCCAGUCACGGGCUACACCAACAGAGGUUUACCUACAGACCGCUACAUGUGGAGUGAUGCAUCAGGACUACAUGAGUGCACAAAAACAAACACUAAGCCUCCCUCUCCGCAGUGGACAUGGGUUUCUGACUGGGCCAUCGACUACAGUGUCUCUGGAGGGGCAGACAGAGAAGGCUGGCAAUAUGCAGCUGAUUUUCCAGCGUCAUAUCAUGGCUACAAAACCAUGAAGGACUUUGUCCGUCGCAGGCGAUGGAGCAGGAAGUGUAAAUUGACCACUACAGGACCCUGGCAAGAAAUCCCACCCAUCCCACUGAGUGACGUGACCAUUCUGCCGUGUGCCACUCAGAGCAGCGUGGACGUGGUGCCUCUCUGGGCCAUCAGCAACAAGGGAGACGUGCUUUGCCGGCUGGGAGUCACUGCACUGACGCCUGCUGGAUCCUCAUGGCUCCACGUGGGAACCGACCAGCCUUUCAAGUCCAUUACCAUUGGUGCUGUCAGCCAAGUUUGGGCCAUUGCAAAGGACGGUUCUGCUUUCUAUAGAGGAUCAGUGUCUACUCAGAGUCCUGCAGGAGACUGUUGGUUCCACAUCCCCUCCCCAGCCAAACAGAAGCUGAAGCAGGUCUCUGUUGGAAGGACAUCAGUCCACGCUGUGGAUGAAAAUGGUAACUUGUGGUACAGGCAGGGUGUGACUCCCAGCUACCCUCAGGGCUCCUCCUGGGAGCACAUCUCUAAUAAUGUACGCAAAGUCUCUGUAGGGCCCCUGGACCAGGUGUGGAUCAUAGCAGACAAGGUGCAGGGCAGCCACAGUCUGAGCUGUGGGACAGUGUGCCAUCGACUCGGGGUACAACCCAUGGACCCUAAAGGACAGUCGUGGGACUACGGCAUUGGGGGUGGAUGGGAUCACAUCACAGUGAGAGGGAACACCCUGGAGCAGCCACGUAUCUGUCUUCCCUCUCUAACAGGCGUGCCCUCCCCUGCCCCUCAGAGCCCUCUCCUGGUCAGCAGCGUGGAGGUCAACGGCAAUGCUGUUGGAUGUGAAAUGCAGACAUAAACUCUGAGGUGCACACAAACUGUACGUAGAAAUCCUAAACCAUAUCUUCUGUGUAGUAAAUUUUUGUUCAAACCCACUAUUUAAUUCUGAAGUAGCACCAGUGACAGUUCAACCCCCAGAGAACAGCCUUCAGUCUUCAAGUCACAUGAGUCAGUGAAGCAGAAAGUUUAAAUUUCUGAGUGCCCUCUGAUAACUGCAGACGUCCUUCAGUCCUGGAUGUUCAUUGUAUAAAGCGUUCAUGUCCUAUGUACAUUUCUGUGUAAUUUGUUUGACCACUGCUUGUGUUUUGUCUCUGACGCUGAACUCAAUGGUCUUAACACGUUUAUAUUCUUAUUUAUUCAUCAGGAUGAGAUGUUUGUGUGUGUGGAAGGGCGAGGCUUUUAAAAAUAUAUUUUAGAAGGUCAUAUAGAAAUGUAUACGGAAACAUUAGUGUGCAUUAAUUACAGUUGGUAUUGAACUAAUAGCUCAAGGGCUGGUGUUGUGUACAAAGUAAAAAAGAAACGUGCUUCAUCAUAGUCUGCAGGCAACAGGUUAGUAACACAAUGUAAAACAGAGUCUGAUUACUGUGAAAUAGAAGGGGGGACGAUGUGCGAUUCAGGCUGCUGGAACUUCAUUCCACUGUGUGUGUGUCCCCACAGGUUUCUGAAGGGACUUUGUGUAGUCUACAUUUAGGGUAACUGCAUGUCACAAUCCUGCUUGUUUGGCCAGAAGAAACCACCAUAGCUCAGUAAGACAACCUGAGCAACCAGUAAAAGCAGUUUAUGAAUCUCUUUUAAUAGUAAAAGGCACAUACUAGAAGAAAGAGUCUAAUAACUAUUAACUAUUUUGACUUUCUACUUGAAAGUUUUACCUAUUGUUCUCAGUAGAGUUGAAGAACUUCUAGGAGCCUGCAUGUAGCAGCUGUAAUAAGAUCUGCAGUGGCUUAAUUUACCUGUGGUGGUUGCUGAUUGGCUUGUACAGCUGACUUGUCCGUUAGCCCGGUGAAAGAGUGGGAUAUGGGCCGAGGAAGAUGUUUUGGAGCAGAUUCGGUUAAGAGAUCUUCAGGCAUAUUAAGGGGGACCGAUGGGGUUUGGCGGAAGUACGAGUGCCAUACUACUUUUGACAAUGAUUUAAAUGUUAUUUUCUAAAACAACAAAAAAAAUGAUGUGACUACUUUGUUGCUGUCAUGGAGUAAGUGCAAUGUUAGGCGUUGUAAAUAAGGGAAAACACGUAGAUUACUUGUAUAAGUCUUGUGGUUGAUUUGCUCAAACUGAACCUUCCUCUUUCUCAGGGGUUUCCACUUUCAUGUCGUCUGCUUUUGUAGUCAAAUGACUGAGCAGUGACAGAAACAAUCAUCAGAAAACACUAUAUUUUUUUUAUAAAUAUGUAAGAUAUUAGUGAUAUACAGUGGGUGAAGUGGGUGUUGCAAUGGUACUAUCUAAAGCUGGUAUAGUGUUUCAUUUAAAUAGUUUUCCAUAAAGAAAUAUUCAUAAACCACACACUGAUGAGUCGCUUCCUAUGUUCACCCAAGUAGUAAGUGGAUGUCUAAAUAUCAUGCAGCUGAAU